AUGGUCGAUAGAGCAACAUUAAUACGCGAGGUCUCAAUUAUUUUUCAUGUCGCCGCAACCGUUAAGUUCAACGAGAAAAUAAAAUUGGCGACAGAAAUCAACGUUGGAAGUGUAAAGGACAUAAUAAAUUUGUCGAAAGAAAUGUCAAAACUGAAGAGUGUUGUGCAUGUAUCAACGGCUUAUUCCAAUUGUUUUCAAAUUCCACUUGAGGAGAAAUUUUAUGACCCACCGAUAGAUCCCGACAAGUUGAUAAAUUUGGUGGACUGUAUAAAUGAAAAAUUGCUCGACGAUAUUACCCCACAGUACAUGGUGCACUUAAUUACACUCACACAAUUGUUUGAUUGUAGAUUACUCGGAAAAUGGCCAAAUACUUAUGUUUAUACGAAAACAGUCGCAGAGAAUUUUAUAAAAAAGCAUGCUGAGUCUGUACCGAUUGGAAUAUUUCGGCCGGGAAUCGUGAUAUCAACUUAUCGAGAACCUAUUCAAGGAUGGGUCGACAACGUGUACGGACCAACAGGAAUCACAAUAAAUGUUUUUGUGGGAUUAAUGCGAAUUCACCACUGCGAUAGAUCGAUAAAUGUGGACAUGGUUCCUGGAGAUUUGACCGCCAAUGGAAUAAUCGCUAGCGCAUGGGAGAUUGGAAAUAAUCGAAAUUUACAGUUACGCUUAUGUUUACAAAUCGAUUUGGAAAAAGUAGAAUUGAUAGAAGCUCUUAGGAGGAGGAGGCGGAACAAAAGUAGUUGUUGA